AUGGAUUUUUCCGAAGAUAUGUCUUUGUGCCCCUUGUCAAAGCGGGUUCCGGAGUUGGGGGACAAUGGCAUCCACGGCGAGGCCGACUAUCCUCAAACCAAGCGGGUCAGGCUUGACGAGCAUCUCGUCAGCGCGUCCAGCUCUAAUUCGGGCACAGCAACUCCUUGUGAUUUUUCUGGUAUGGAAUAUCAGCAUCCUGUGCUACAGCAGGACCGUUGUCGCGGCGAACUUCCUCUGCCAUAUACCCAGGCUACCCUUAUUCUGUUUUUCUUAUUUUACCCUUCUUUCCUUUCUCCGACUAUCUCUCACGAUGCAAGAACAGGAUUUCCAGGACCGCAAUGGCAAGUGCUUCAACAGAAUCGCUUACCUUCACACCCAUUUGAAGUAUCUGCCCCACAGGACCUCAAUAUCAAUGACCAGAUUUUGCAAAGGAUUAAAGGGUAUGAGAAAGAUCGUAUAGUAUGUUUUGGAAUGCUGAGAAACAUCCAAAUCCAAAUCAACCACAUUCAAGAUUCGCAAUUUCUAUGCUUCGAUGAAAUCCUAGGGGACAAUGAAGUNUUCGCCUCGUUAAAUCUCUUCAUACAAGAUGACCGUUGCGAUAUCGUAUCAAAACAAGGGAUUUACAUCGCAACGCUGAAUAACAAAACCCACCAUGCACUCAGCUCUAUAAGGUUACCAGAGCCCCCAACCUGGCUGGGUGUGAUACCAAAGUUUGAGCUCCAGCAGAGAAUAAAAUCUGUAGCAGAGUCUUCACCUACUGCUCAGUGGUCGUCGAAGGUGACAUGUACAAUGUCCGUCCUCGUCAUCGGCUCGCCUUCUAUCGCGCAGGUCCUGGCAAGGGAACUCGCCCAGCACCAUUUAUUCCUGCAGCAUCCUGACCCGAAGCCAGACCUUGAGUAUAAUAAUCCCCAAUACCUGUCCUUGGCGGGAGCGCCGUGUCUCGACCGGCCGAUCCUACCGCCUAUUUUGGGGAUCACUAAGCAGAACGAUACAGACGGCCUCGACGUGCUGGGUAAAGAAGAUCAAGGCCAUGAUAAUUGCGAAUAUGAUGACGAUGAUGCUCGAGCGAUUCUUGAUGAUUUUCCGCAGCAGGCUUUGCGAACCGAGAUAGACGUCGAUAACCGUAUUCGAACAAUGCUUGAAAGGCACCAGCGGGAAGCAGUCGACUUUAUCCUAUCUCGAGAAUCUACCCAUUCUCGAACUAAGAGCACACUGUGGCGUCUUGAAAGCUGGACCUGGAAAGAGCACGUGAAAGAAUACAGGUAUAAGCACAUAAUUACUGGCGCGAAAAGCCCGGAGCCCGUGGACGUUCGUGGCGGGAUUCUUGCGGAUGAUAUGGGUGUGGGAAAAACCCUCAGCAUGAUCGCCAGCAUAGUGACAUCCCCACCCUGUGAUAUAAUAACAUUGGAGAAACCGGCAGACUUGAAAUUGAUUAGUGCGAAAUCCACGCUUGUUGUCGUGCCUUCUGUUUUAUUGCUGCACGGUUGGAUUGACGAAGUCAGAAAGCACCUCAUUCCCGGGGCCCUGAAAUAUUAUAAAUAUCAUGGCCCAGGGCGUUGCAUCUCGUUGUCGUCGCCCCCUUCAGAUGAUAUCAUUUUCACAACUUAUGCCACAGUUGAAGCGGAUUUCAGUAGCAGCGGCGGGAACAGUGUACUUAGCAGAUUUCUCUGGCACAGGUUGAUACUCGAUGAAGCUCACGUUAUACGAAAUGCCUCCACGAAACAGUUCAAGGCGAUACAGCAAAUUUCGGCCUCGAUCCGCUGGUGCAUGACAGGGACACCGAUACAGAAUUCGCUUAAGGAUCUCGCAUCGCUCGUUCAGUUCCUCCGCAUCCCGUACUUGGACAGCGCUGUGGGCUUCCGCAAAUACAUGACAAAAACGUCGUCUAGAUCCGCUCGUAGUGUACACUACCAACCUAAUUACGCCAACCUCAAGUGUCUUCUCUCAGCCAUCUGCCUGAGACGUAAAAUGUCAACGGUAUUUCCGGCUCUCGGGGGCACCUUCAUCACGUAUCGUUCGUCGUUCUCGGAGGCCGAACGCAGAGUCUACGAUGAGCUGGUCAAGGCUUACGACAGGCGCCUUAAAGCUGCAACAAACAUGCCAACCUCGAAAGGACGAGCAGAUAAGCUGAUUCUGACAGCUAAAUUGCGGUUGCGCAUGUUUUGCAACACCGGCCUGAGAAGUGUGUUUCUGGGCGGAAGGGCUGAUUUUAAUAGUGACGCUCGGAGGUUGUCGUCAGACGAAAUAGUCACGCUACUGCAACAGAGUGGUCAAAAUACGUGCUCUAUCUGUAAUAUGGAGAUACUCACGUUAGAUUCGGAUGACGAUGACGAAGGUUUCAUGGAGGAUGAAGAGAGUUCAGAUGACAUCAAGAUUUCAACAGCAAUCACAACAACAACAAUUCCAACAUCCGAUGAUGAAAUGAUUGACAAUGAGCAGACCAUUAGCACUGAGCAAGACUUGCCCUAUCCUAUUGAUUCUCCACAGGCCAACGAUGUAUAUCCUUCAAAAUUGGUGACUUUACUCACCGAUAUACGAAAGCACUAUUUGGAGGAUAAAAGCAUAGUCUUCUCUUUCUGGAGACAAAGUCUCGAUGUCUUGGGCGGAAUGUUCGACCAAAAUAGCAUUUCCUUUUGCCGAGUUGACGGCAUCAUGAGUCCGAUGAAACGGCAGACUAUGCUCGAGGAGUUCCAGAACAACUCAGCUGUCCGGGUGCUUUUAAUGACUAUAGGAACGGGUGCGGUAGGCUUGAAUAACUUGUCCGUCGCUAGCCGGGUUCACAUACUGGAACCGCAGUGGAACCCGUCAGUGGAGAGUCAGGCAAUUGGACGCGCAUUACGUUGGGGCCAGGGAAAGAAGAUCUAUGUCAUUCGAUAUGUGAUGGAGGGGACAGUUGAAAAGAUAAUUGAGAGCGGUCAAUUACGAAAACUGCAGCUCUCAUUGGAUGAGCGCGAACUACGGUAG